AUGUGUUGUCUUCCACGAGAAGAAGAACAAGAGCAACACUGCCAGAAGAGAAUGAAAGUAUUACAGCACAAUUUAAAUCAUUGUGAGCUGGCGCAUGAUCUGCUCACCCAAACGGUCAUAGAGAUGAAGAUAGAUCUGGCCAUUUUCGCUGAUCCCUACACCAGACUCAAGACGCAGGCUUGGGUGACAGACGCCACAGGUAAGGCUGCCAUCUGGUCAUGCAGAAAUCGGACCUUUGAGGACCAAGUCGACAGCACGCAAAGGUGGUUUAUCAGGGCCAAGCUUGGAAAUGUACACUUUUACAGCGUAUAUGCUCCUCCCAGUUUAGAUAUCAACGAGUUCACGGAUUUACUUGAUAGACUGGUCGAGGAUGUUAAAGAGCACUCCCCCUGCGUGAUAGCCGGGGACGUACCUGUAAAUGCCUGGGCAGUGGACUGGGGCAGUAAGAAAACCAAUACCAGAGGAACUGAGCUGCUACGGACGGUGUCCUGCUUGGACAUGGUUUUCCUCAACAGAGGGACCACGCCGACUUUCGAGACGGACAAUGGAAGCUCCAUCAUUGAUCUGACCAUAGCCAGCUCUAACAUCGUCAGAAGAGGGAACGACUGGACAGUCCACAACCUUUUCAACGAGAGCGACCAUCGGCUCAUCAGCUGGACGGUAACAAGAGAACCAGCAAAAAACAGAUCUCCGCACAAAACGACGAACCUCCGAGGAUGGAAUGCCAAUAAAUUUGACGCAGAACUAUUCCAAGAAGCAUUCAAUAGUGAACCCAUUGUCGCUAACAGCGCACAUGAAGAAACAGAAGAAGUAAUGCGCAGAGUUGCCCUUGCCUGCGACGCCACGAUGACGCGAAAACGGCCAAAAAACGAACACCCUCCGAUGUACUGGUGGAAUAGCGACACUGCCAAAAGUCGCCAAGAAACCGUUCAGGCAAGAAGAAAAGCCACGCGAGCUAGGAAAAAGCCAAACUAUAGAGAACUGAAGGAGUCUCAUAGAGCGGCGCGACUAAAGCUAACGAAAGCGAUCAAAAGCAGCAAGGCACAUUGCUGGAAUGAACUGCUUGAAGAGGUUUACUGUGACCCAUGGGGCAGACCAUAUAAGGUGGUGUUGAAAAAGGUGAAAAUUCAGCCACAGUCCUCACCCACUUGCUUGGACUUGCUGGAUAGGAUUGUCACAAAUCUUUUCCCACACACAACACCCGUGACCUCAGCUCAGAGCAGCCGAUACCGCUGA